GCGCCCGCCCUCAGCAGCAGCGGCAGCAGCACAGCUCCCCGCACCGCGCCGCCGCCAUGUUCUCCUUCAACAUGUUCGACCACCCCAUCCCCCGCGUCUUCCAGAACCGCUUCUCCACGCAGUACCGCUGCUUCUCGGUGUCCAUGCUGGCCGGGCCUAAUGACAGGUCAGAUGUGGAGAAAGGCGGGAAGAUAAUUAUGCCACCGUCUGCUUUGGAUCAACUCAGCCGACUUAAUAUUACCUACCCAAUGCUGUUUAAGCUGACCAAUAAAAAUUCAGACCGGAUGACGCACUGUGGAGUGCUUGAAUUCGUGGCUGACGAGGGCAUAUGUUACCUACCACACUGGAUGAUGCAGAAUUUGCUGCUGGAAGAGGGAGGCCUGGUACAAGUGGAGAGUGUGAAUCUUCAAGUUGCCACUUACUCAAAAUUUCAGCCACAGAGUCCAGAUUUUCUUGACAUCACCAAUCCCAAGGCUGUAUUAGAAAAUGCAUUGAGAAGCUUUGCUUGUCUAACUACAGGAGAUGUUAUAGCCAUCAAUUACAAUGAAAAGAUCUAUGAGCUUCGGGUAAUGGAGACCAAACCAGAUAAAGCUGUGUCCAUCAUAGAAUGUGAUAUGAAUGUGGAUUUCGAUGCUCCUUUGGGGUACAAAGAACCAGAAAGAAGUGCUCAACAUGAGGAGACCACAGAUGUUGAAGCUGACCAUAGUGGUUAUGUGAGCGACGUAGGAUUUCGUGCAUUCUCUGGCUCUGGGAACAGGUUGGAUGGCAAGAAGAAAGGUGUUGAGCCCAGUCCAUCACCAAUUAAACCAGGAGACAUUCGAAGAGGAAUACCCAACUAUGACUUCAAGAUUGGUAGGAUCACGUUCAUCAGAAACUCGCGUCCACUGGUUAAGAAAGUGGAAGAGGAUGAAGCUGGAAGCCGGUUCAUUGCCUUCUCGGGGGAAGGGCAGUCCCUGCGCAAGAAGGGCAGAAAGCCGUGAGGCUGCGGGACCCUCCGUCUGUCGGGAGGAAAAUAAAAUAAGAAUUGCAACACAGGAACGCUGCGCUGUCAGACGGUCUUAAUUUUCACUUGAAAAUUAAGUUCUAGGAAUUCUUUAAAUGUAGGGAUGUUUUCCUAUGCAUCGCAAAGGGGGUGAGUGUGUCCUGGGUAACUGAGAAGCAAAAGCAGCUCUUAGCAAGCAGUCUGCCCUCUUCCCUCCUGGUGACAGUGCCUCCCACUGCUCUGUGCUUGGCACUGCCCCCUCCCUGUAGGCCCCGUGCAGGUGAGCUUUGUGUGUGUGGGGUGAUCUCAGCUCCAGGUGGUGGGAUGUGGUGCGGCCCAAGAAUUCAGGUUCUGAUGCUUUCUGUAAUUAGUAAUGUGCCUCUUAAUAGCUAGAGAACCUCUUGUAGCAAGCUGGGGGGGACAGCCUCCUCACCUCAGGCCCGGGACUGCUCGGGGAGGUGGGAUCUCAGUAAUGAACAAAGCUGUGCUCCUUCCUCAGUCGCGUCUUGAAACCUGGAGUAAAGGUUCCUAAAUAACCGA